UAUGUAUGGUCAUAUUCAUAGGGUAAAACUUUGGCAUUUGUGUUGCCUAUAUUAGAAUCUUUGACAAAUGGAAUUCUCAAGGGAUCAAGAAAGACUGGUUAUGGAAGAUCUCCUAGUGUUUUAGUACUUCUUCCGACUCGAGAGCUUGCUAAACAGGUGCAUUCAGACUUUGAGGUCUAUGGUCAAGCAGUGGGGUUAUCUUCAUGCUGUUUGUAUGGUGGGUCUCCUUUCCGUGCUCAAGUAAUGUCAAUAAAGGAAGGUGUUGAUAUUGUUGUUGGAACUCCAGGACGUGUAAAGGAUCACAUACAGAGAAAUACUCUUGACCUAAAAACUCUAAAUUUCCGUGUCCUCGAUGAAGCAGAUGAAAUGUUGAAAAUGGGUUUCGUGAAUGAUGUGGAACUAAUUCUCCGCAAAGUUGAGGAUGCUAAGAAAGUUCAAACUCUCCUAUUCAGUGCUACAUUACCUGACUGGGUAAAGAAGAUAUCAGCAAGGUUCCUUAAGAAAGAUAAGAAAACAGCAGACCUCAUUGGCAAUCAAAAACUGAAGGCUAGUGCUAAUGUUAGGCAUCUUGUUCUUCCUUGUUCUCCUUCCGUGAGACAAAAACUCAUUCCAUAUAUUAUCGAUUUCUAUAGCAGUGGAGGCCGAACUAUUAUUUUCACCGAGACAAAAAAAUCUGCAGACAAGCUUGGUAGUAUCUUACCUGGUGCACAGGCUUUGCAUGGAGACAUAAUGCAACAACAGCGAGAAGUCAUACUAGCUGGAUUUAGGUCUGGCAAGUUUUUGGUUUUGGUUGCAACAAAUGUGGCAGCUCGGGGAUUAGACAUCAGCGAUGUGCAAUUGAUUAUACAGUGUGAGCCCCCACGUGAUGUCGAAGAUUACAUUCAUCGCUCUGGGCGAACCGGAAGAGCUGGCAAUACUGGCAUUGCAAUCCUACUAUAUGAACCCAAAAACAAGUCCCGUGUUUCUCGAAUCGAAAAAGACUCCGGUGUUAAAUUUGAGCACAUCUCUGCACCCGAGUCUGCUGGUAUUGAUGAAUCAGCUGAAUCUUUAGCAGCUACUGCUAUUACAAACGUUAACAGAUUCUCUCGUGGUAGAGAUGGGAAAAGCUUCUCCAAUGGAGGUGGUCGGGGUGGCCGCUGGGAAGGUGGCCGGGGAGGAGGUCGAGGAAGAGGACGUGGAGGUGAUCGAGGAGGCAGCCGGGAACAUGGAGGAGGUCGGGGAAGAGGUCGUGCCGGUCAAGGAGGCAACAGAUUUAACCGGAGGAGGUGAAAUGUAUAUUUUUGGUGGUUUUUGUAUCUCAUAUCGUAGCUAAAUUGUUUUUUUUUUUUGAAUUUAUUCUAAUGUGUUUCAAUUACUCAAGUCUGAUUGUGAGCAUUGUUGCUCCUGUAGUACGUAGCUGUGGCAAAGUUGCAUAUUGUAUUAAUUUAUGCACGAAUUUACUAUGUGUUUUUGAUAAACUAGUAUAAGAGUACAAUGAAAUUCUCCAAGUUAAAUUUUA